AUGGCUGAUGAAGAUGUACCCUCAGAUAGCAGUCUUUUAGUGAUCAUAGUGGAUACAAAUCCAAAUCAGAGGUAUAUUACAGAGGAUCCAAAGAUACUCACAAAUUGUCUUGAUGCGGUCAUAGCUUUCGCUAACUCGCAUUUGAUGCAGAAAUCUAGAAAUGAAUUGGCUAUUAUUGGAUGUCAUUUCCAUAAAAGUGAAUACCUGUACCCUUCUCCUGGAAAGCCAUUGGAUGUUCGGCAAAUUGAUGGUCAAUAUGAAUUGUUUACAUUGGUUGAAAAGACUGUUAAAAUGAGGCUUGUAAACUUAAUAAAAAGUCAACCACAAGAAGAAAGACCUGGUGAAUCUCUUCUAGCUGGUGCUAUGGCAAUGGGACUGUGUUAUAUUUCUAGGAUGCGUCGUGAAGCACCUCCUGGACUUCGCAUGAGCAGUCGUAUUCUCAUAGUAACAGGAAGCUCUGAUACUGCCGCUCAAUAUAUUAACUAUAUGAAUGUGUUCUUUACAGCACAGAAACAACAAGUACUACUAGAUGUGUGCUCGCUGGACAAGCACUUGAGUUUACUACAACAAGGCUGUGACAUUACUGAUGGUCUCUAUUUAAAAGUACCAUCCUUAGAGGGACUAUUACAAUAUUUAUUGUGGGUAUUCCUCCCCGAAGCCAGCGAGAGGCGUGAACUAGUCUUGCCAGGGCGUGGGCGAGUCGACUACCGCGCCGCCUGUUUCUGCCACCGCGAAUUGCUCACGAUAGGCUAUGUGUGCUCCGUUUGUCUCAGUGUGUUUUGCAAGUUCAGCCCGAUUUGCACGACUUGUCAUACUGUAUUUAAAACCGCCGGUCCUCUUCCUAUUAAGCCUAAGAAGAAGAAAAUGAAAAUA